UUCCAUUCUGCAUAUCUUAUUCGUUCAGAAGACGCAUUCAUUAGCUGUGUGACCCUCCUGUGUUCUUGCUAUUUGUGCCUCAUCGAUAAGGUCGUUGUUACUCAGACAGAAAAUAAUGUCGACGAUGACGAGGUCAUUCGUAUCAGGCGAAGAAGAGCAUCAAGCGGGUCCGAUUCUCAGCCAGGAAGCCCAAGUCGAAGCAGAAGCAGUUCUUCUUCUCAAGAGGAAACCGAAGAGGAGCCGUCAAAUGUUCAACCUGUGGAGGAGGUGAAUGCCGUCGGUAGUUGGCUUCUCGCUGAAGUCUGCGAAUGGCUGUUCCAUAUCAGCCCUCAACUGCAUAGUCUUAAAAAUAGGAAGAAAACGCCGAUCCCUGCAGCUCUCUUCAACGCAUUUCAUUCAUUGGUCGACAAACUUAUUCAUCAACUCAAUCGUUUGGCGAAAGCACUGCGUACCGUGGAUGAUGUCGAUGAGGAGAUCUAUUGGCUGCUUUAUGGAGCCAGCGUGCUUGAUGAAACCCGGGCUAUCCGACAGACAGCUCAUUGGGCCUUCAAGUUGUGUGUGGUUGAAACAGCACCGAUUGAGUACGCCGGCUAUUUCCGUCGAAGAGGUCCUUCUUCGGAAACGGUUGAGUUACAGAGGAAAAUGGCACAGCUUCACACGCAAAACGUCCGUAGAGAG